UACAACAGAAGAACACCUGGCUAGUAUUACUUCACAAAAAUUAGUUUCGGUUUCGUCGGUGGAUGAUGAGAAUGCAGUCCAAUCAUUACCAGUUACAGUCAUUGCUAGCGUAAGGGCAAGGUUCCUCGGUGUAUUUGCGAGAAGUAUGUCUCUGGAGGUGUGUAGUUUCUGUGGUGAGGCCGCGGUCAUUGAAGACAGCAUUGACGGUGGAGGGACCCAGAAGAUCUGUAUUGAGUGUGGGUCUGUUGCCGACAGGCAGAACAAAGAAACAAACAAUGUGGACAGUCAAGAGAGCCCAUUGUGUCUAGAGACUGUUGUGUGCGAAUCUUGUGGGGAAGAUCUCGAGUUCGGAGCCCAAUCACGAAUAUGCUCAGAGUGUGCCCCUUUUGAGAAAGAUUCCAGCAUGAGGAAUGAAGAAGAACAAAACCAGGCGGUGUUUGUGCCCCCAGAGUCUGACCCGACAGCGGCACAGGUGGUAAAACUGUCGUGUAAGUCGUGCGGGGGCUCUAAUUUACAUUACAAUGUCAUUGGUGUGGAGGAGAAGCUGGUGUGCCAAGACUGUGGCUCUGUGGUGGAAAGCAUAGAGCUGACCCAUGACAGUUUUGACAUGACGACCAGGUCUUAUGGGAACGGAACCCAGACGUUGCCGUGGUUUUCAGAGAGGUCGAAGAAAAGAGCCGGAUUAGUGGCGGGACAGAGCAAAAUUCAAGACUUGGUGAAGAAGUUUGCGUUACCCUCAGAACUGAAGGACGAAGCCGGCGAAAUGUUUGAACAAAUGUAUUUUCAAAAAGAAUUUUUGAUGGCCACUGUUUUCUUGAAGGAGCACCUGGCUGUAGCGUGUUUGUUUGUAGUCGCCAGGAGACAUGAUUAUCCCAUGAGCCUGACGCACUUUGCCAAGCACGUCAGGAAGUUCAAAACAUUAUUGGUGGCUAAGAAAAGACUGAUCAAGGUCUUGGGAAUACCGGUGUCGCCCGCAAGUUUCACAAAACAAAUCGGACUCUGUCUAGCGGGCAAGGGGUUUGAUAAUGGUGUUGUGAGUAAAGUGCGGGACGUGAUGUUCUUGUGCAGGAAGGCCUGGCUCACCCAGGGAAGAAGCAGAGAGGGCCUCAUUACUAUAGCAACCUACUACGCCUACAUCAGUUCUCCUCAAUGUGAAAAAUUCAUACAUAUGAAACCAUUCAGGAAAAAAUUCAGUUUACCGUCUGCGUCUUUGGAAUUGAACAGAGAAUGCAAUGCCUUUUUCCUGAAACUGGCGAAACGACUUCCAUGGGUGGACAGUGAAAGUGUCAAGCUACAUAACCUUCAUCAGUAUGUAGAGGAUAUUUUGAAGUACCAAAAUAGCUUAUUGCACCUGGCUUUCAGAUCAGUAAGCGAUGAUAAGUCGCCUUCUGUGUUGAAUGAUUCUCCUCAAAAGAGACCAUCUGGUUCAGAGAAGGAAGUAUUAGUGCCUUUGUGUAUGAAAAAGCCAAGGAUUGAGAUACCUCCUUAUACGGAUGUAAAAGUCCCACCCGGUGUUGACCUUGACAGCACAGAGUUGAUGGACAACGAGUUUGACGGUGAGAUCGAGAAAUACAUUUUGUCUGCAGAGGAGCAGGAAGCAAUUGGCCCUCUCAAAGCCCUUAACUGGGAUCGGAAAACUGCGCCUUGAUGUUUUGGGCUGUUUUUUUACUUUAUAUUGUACAAUCUGUGAAAGUAAGGGGGUGGAUUUAGUUACUAUGCAGGAUUCAUCUAGUUAAAACUUCUGAUUUUGAUUUCGUUCUUUUGUUAAAUAUUGUGUAGGCUUCUGAUUAUAAUGAUAUAUUAUAUUUCCUUG